AUGACGAACAACACAUUUGCUUUUCAACAAAAAAUGUACAAUGAGCAAUAUAAUUCAUCAACGACAUUUGAUAAUGAUCGUUUAAAUCAAUCAACAACAUUUCGUUUGAAUGAUUCUUAUUAUCUUGAUUCCUUACCUUAUUCUUCUUAUAAUACAAAUUCUUAUCCACCUUCAUCAAAUGUAUAUUUUUCAUCUCAUCAAUAUCAUCCUUUUUCGUCAUCAUCAUCAUCAUCAGGAACCACUCAAUUUACAAAUACAGAUGUACCAUCAUAUACAAAUUAUGAUACAACUUAUUUAAAUGUUGCUGUAGCAGCAGCUGCUUAUCAAAAUGGUUAUCAAACUCAUUAUCAUAAUAAUAAUAAUAAUAAUAAUACAAUAGGUGAUCCAUUUAAUAUUGGUUUUUCUCGACAUAUAAAUGAUUUAUAUGGAAAUAAUGAACAACAAAUUGAAACAGAUCUUCUCGAUCGAAAAGUAUCAACAUCGACAGUUGAAACAAAUAGAAAAAGAAAAUUACAAGAUGAAACAAUGAGAUUACAAUAUGAAUCUGAACUUUGUCGAGUAUGUGAUGAUACGAGUUCUGGUUAUCAUUUUGGUGUAUUUACAUGUGAAGCAUGUAAAGGAUUUUUUCGUCGUUAUUCAAAAAAAUCAACUAUUCUCGAACCAUGUCCAACACGAUGUAAUAUAAACAAGAAUAAUCGUAAUAAUUGUGCAGCAUGUCGUUUUGAUAAAUGUAAAUAUGUUGGUAUGGCAUUAGAUAAGAUACGUUUUGGUAAACCACCAAAACAUUUUCGUUCAUCAUUUGAAACAACAAGUGUUAAACUUGAACCGAAUAAUAAUGAUUUUCAAUUAAUGUUAAAAUUACUUGAAUGUUAUCAAUCAUUUGAAGAAUAUGAACAACAACAAUCAACAACAAAUACUCAUCCAUCAAUUAUAUUUCAAUUUUGUCAUCGUUUAGCUGAUAUUGUUAUGUAUGAAAAUGAAUGUGUACCGGAAACAUUUCUUGCACGUUUAAAACGACAUGAAUCAGCUAUAAAAUUUUUAAUAACAGGUGAAAAUGAACAAAAUUUAUCAUCAUGGAGUAAAGAACCACAAGCAUGGAUAUUUGCACAUAAUGAACGAUGGCGUCUUAUUAUGAUUUUACUUAUAUUAGCUUUUGAUGAUGAACAAAUUGGUGGUGGAUCAUUAAUUUUUUUACCAUUAGGUACUCAUGAAAAUUUCAUUCAUUCAACAAAUAAUACAGUUAUUGAACGUAUUUUACGCUUAUUUGAACUUGAAUGUGAUCAAGAAAAAGAAGCACGAACAUUAACUGAAACAUCAAAUUCAUAUACGAAUUUAACCAAUGAAAAAAAUAUUAAAUAUAUGAAAGCACAAUUUGUCUUACGUUUUGUUGAUAUGAUGGCAAAUGAUAUGAUAUCGAAUAGAGUUUAUUCAACAACAACAACAAAUUCAUAUUCAAUAUCAGAAAAUAAUUAUCAAAAUAAUAAUAAUAAUGAAAUAGUUUAUUUAUCAUCUGACAGUAGAAUAGAAAUACAACAAACAGAACUUAAUCAAUCAAAUGAUAAUUGUAGUGGAAAUUUUUAA